AUGGGCAGCCCAGAUGGAGAAUCACCAGCUCGGAAAUCACCUGCCAGUAAGGCCGUUGCUGCUGCAGUGGAGGACUUGGGGUUUGGGUUGUAUCAGCUGAUCCCGCUCUUCCUCACUGGCGGCAUCUUCUUGGCGGAGGGUGCAGAGAUGCUUGUGAUGGGCUCCAUAACCUCCUUGCUUCACCGCCAUUGGGAGCUUAACCCUGCAGUCCGCGGUGGGAUGGUUUCGAUUGUAUUCAUUGGCUUCUCGGUCGGCAACUUCUUCUCGGGUCAAAUCGGCGACAGAUUUGGCCGACGCGUGUCCAUCUUGCUAGCGUAUGCCAUGAUUGCCUUUUUUGGCUUCGCUACGGCAUGCUCGCAGGGGCCGUGCUUGAUGAUCUUUCUUCGCUUCUUCGUUGGCGCAGGCUGUGGGAUCGGUUUUCCGGCUGCUUACUCCCUCAUGCCUGAGGUCGCACCUUCCGGGUGGCGAAGCAGUCUCAGCACGCUGAUGAUUGGCUUCAUGCCGUUGGGGGAGCUCAUCGGUUCCCUUGUGGUCCUAAUGGUCGACCCAGAGCUGGACAAUUCUGCACGUGGUUGCAGCUUUGAUGUGUACUACCCAUCAAGGGCUCUCAUGGAGCCGGAGCUGUGCGCAUGGAAGACGCUUUGUGAGAUGAGUGCCAUCCCCGCAUUCUGCUUUCUAAUCUUGGCCUGCAGAUUUAUGGAUGAAUCGCCGCACUUUCUUGCAAACUGCGGGCGAUAUGAGGAGUGCGAGGAGGGCCCAGGACGAAUGGCAUCUUUUCUGCAGCAGGCCAAACUGAAUGGCUCCGAGCUGGAUGUGGAGAAGCUCCGUCUUGCCUUCGGUGCGUUAGGCGAAAGCGAAGGAGAGUCAGUGGCAUUUGAAGACUGGCCUGACGUGACUGGAGUCUUGUGGUGCAUGUCUCCAGACCUCAGGUAUUUCGUAUUUCUGAAGAACUUGGUGGCCGGAUUCCAGGAGUACGCCCCACAGCUGGUCUCCUUGGUAUACUGGAUGUCUGGCAGCGGUGCGCUUUGUAGCUUUUUUGGGUUGGGAAUGCUUCGAGUUGCUCCUGACAGCUCGGCUGCCCCGGCGGCCUACAUGGUGAAGCUGCUUGCAAUGGCCUACUUUGUCUUCACCGUUUCCUACACAACUGCAGCUUUUCCUGCACGUAUCCGCCAGACAGCGGUGGGCAUUUGCACUGCAGCCGGUCGCAUGGGAUCCAUUAGUGCGCCCCUCGUCUUUGAGCUCAGCAAAGAAGUCACUGGCAGCUUUGAUUUCUUUGUAGGAUGUCUCAUGACGUUGAUGGCAACGGUGGCCUUGCUGGCUCCAGUGGUUCUGCCAAAAUGGGGCCAAGCAGAAGAAGCGCGACUCUUGAUUUGA